AUGGCCCUUGUGAACGCCAUUGGACUUUCGAGCGGGAUACUCACCAUUGUUGGCUUCUUCCAAAGCAAUUUGCCCGCCAAGCCUGCCGAAGGAACGACAAUCGGUGUCAAGGUGGGACUUGGUGACGAUGAUAGUGAUAACCUGAGCGGAGGUAUCGGAGCCAUUUAUGGUUUCGACACCAACAACAACUAUAUCGGCAAAGCUGCGGGCGCCAAAGUUGGCACCGGAGGUUUUCGGGAGUUCACCAUAGACCAGAGUGUACCAGGCAUGCAGGGAGAUUUCAUCAGCGUCGAAUCCACCAACGAUGCCAUCUGUAUCGCUUGGGUCAGCGUAGGCAUGUUCGACGACAGUCCAGGUGGCGCGUGGACCGGAGGCAAUCAAGUGGCGGGAAAGGAUAACGACACUGGCGAGCUUUACAAGCCUCGCUGCACCUGGAUCGAUGGAGACGACACAGGCGACUUUGAGACUUCUGCUCUCAAGUUUCGGACCCACACACUUGACAACAACAAGGAAUGCAGCGAGACCGCGUUUGGCAAAGAUCCGGGUCCAAUCAAUGGCAUCCCAGGAGCGAAGCGCGCAGUUCCAACCCGUCGUCCUUGGAUGGAGCAGCGUCUGAUCAUGUCGAAUGGCACAUCUCACUCGGCCGCAAACUUGUGCAGAUCUGAGACCUCGUAUGGUCCAGACUUUCUUAGUGCUGAUGGGCAAUUCUGCGAUAUGGUCAGCAAGACGCUGAGCCCUCUUUGCUCGGUGAAGGAGGUCGAUGGGUGUGUCGACGUCGAUGCCUCGGCGAUGACAGUCCACAAGCGCUCCAGCGUGGCGAAGCGCACGUCUUCUCUACUGCACAAGUCGUACAGCAAAGUCUCCCAGUGGUCCUAG